AUGAAAAAUAAUUUAUAAGCAAAGUAAUCAUUUGAGUUUAUUAUUAAAGGAAAAACAAAAGAAAUAUAACUGGAGGAGAAAUACAUUUAAAUUAGAUUGAUGAAGCUGAUAAAAUUAAUGAAGAUGCUUCAUAAGAUUAUGAAAGCAAUUUAAUAAAAGUUUUAGAUUUGUAACCAGAGAUCACUAAAAUAUUUAUUGAAAGUAUAUUUUCAUUAUUAUUUAAUAGAUCUAACAAAUGGUAGUUUCAUUGAGUUAAAUGAAUAAACUUUAAGAAGGAAAAUUCAAAUGAUGGAAGAAAGCAGAAAGUAACAAAUUCAAACUGAAAAUGUAUUGUUAGUCUUAAAUAAAUUAAUUCAUGAGGCUGUUAAAUUGAUAGAUAGAUUUAUAUUCUUUUUUUAAGGAUUAUUGGCAGGUAACCUAUAAAAUUAACAAGGGAAUGACAUUGAUGCAUGUAUUCAUCAUAUUUCUAGGAUAAAGUACAGAUUAAGAAGGAUUAACAACAUUCUUUAAAUUAUAUGCUAAAUAUUGUUUAAGAGUAGAUUAAGUUUUUCAUAUUAUAAUUUUAAUCAGUGCUUUUGGUAGUUUAUUUGUCUGUGUAUAAUUAAAAGAUUAAUAAGAAAAGACAAAGAAUAAUUUAGAUAAAAAAUUCUAUAUAUAAUCUAUUAUCAGUGCUUUAUGUAUCCCAUUUAAAUUAAUAUAGUUUAUAAUAUUGCUUAUUUAUUGUGGGUGAUAGGUCAUAAGAAUAUAGUGGAAUUAUCAAGUGGAAUCAAUUAAGAUCAUACCAAUACAUAAGUAUAAGCUGUUAUUGAUGGAUCUGCAUUAUAUAAUUUUUGGACUUAUACUCAAAUAGCAAUUACUAUUCUUACAGUAUUAGGUUGGUUUAUCUCAGUUAAUACAACUGAAAGUAAUCUCAAUUAUUUAGCUUCAGUAGAAGCAGAGUAUUAAAUAUAUAAUUAUCAUAAAGCCAAAUAUUUAGCGAUGAAAAUAAGAAAGAAAAAUGA